AUGUAUAAAACUACUAUUUUAAUUAUAUUUUUAAUUAGUUUAAGCAGUUUUAUCAAUGAAUGCAUUACUUUAGCGAAUGUAUGUAAGGACAUAUCAAGUAAAUCAGUAUAUCUGCAAUUAAAAUCAUAUUUAUUUUGUGAUUACGAUGCUGAUGUGCGCCCAGAAAAUAACAAAAAAAAGACCACAAGUAUUGAAAUAACUGUAAUGCCGAAAAUAAUUGAAUUUAAUGAUGCAACGAACAUUCUUGAUGUACAUUGUUGGACAGCAAUGAAUUGGACCGAUCCUUAUUUAACCUGGAAUCCCGAUGAUUUUGAAGGGUUAAAUUCUCUAUACAUUUCAAGUAACGAUGUAUGGGUGCCAGAUAUAAUUGUUCAUAAUUCAGGUGAUGCGAAUGAUAAUGCAAAAAGUAUUCCAGAGACUACUUGCGGUCUAAACAGCAAUGGUGGAAUAUUAUGUAUACCAGCUAUAAAAUAUACAGCGCACUGUGAUACUGAUUAUACUCAUUAUCCCUACGACAUUCAAAAUUGUACGAUAGAAUUGGCAUCUUGGUCUUAUAGUUCUGAUGAAAUUUUGCUACUAUUAUCUCAUGGGAUUGUGAUGACAGACUUUACACCAAACAACGAAUGGAAAAUUUUAAAAUCUAGUAUUAUAUACAAGAUUCAAGAUUUCAAAAUGAAUAAUUCUCAUACUUCGCUUAUAUAUAUUAUCCAGUUUAUAUUACAAAGGCGGGGUGCUGGUAUACAUAUAGUUUAUAUAGUUCCAGCUAUAAUUUUAAUGGUAAUGACAUUAUCUGUAUUAUGGUUAGAUUGUCAUUCAACUGAACGCAUGAUAGUGGCUUACAUUAGUUUUAUUUGCCAUUUAAUUUGUAUACAAGAUUUAUAUGCAAUUAUUCCUCAUAACGGCGCUGCUUUACCAAAUAUUCUGCAAUUUUACGAAAACUCAUUUUUAUUGAUGGCCGGGACUUUAAUAAUAACUGCUCUACUGCGGGAAGUACAAAAUUCAUCAAUUUUAGCCCCGCAAUGGCUUACUUGUACAACAUCAUUAAUCCUGCAGAGUAAAUUUGGUCAAGUUCUCCUACUGAGUAUUCUUGAUCCAAAAGCGUCAGCCUUCUUAGAAACGUCAGCUGAUGAUCGCACUGAUCUAAUGCACGCAAAGAAAAACUUAACUUGGAGUUACGUAAUUCUGCUACUUGGCUGGUUAACUUUCAUUUCCGUAUUAUUUACGUAUAUAAUAAUGCUUGUAAUUCUUUUACCAACUAGAAUUACUUCUAUAACUUAGACUAAUAUAUACAUUUAAAUAAUUAUUGAUAGGAUUUAUAAACAUAAAUUGA